AAGGGAAACAGUAGUGUAGCUCCCACUCAUCUCUAUAAAUACCCUAAUACUCUGGUUGAGAGGUUGGAUUGCGAGCUCUAUGGGACAGGGGCACAAAUCUAUAGGGGUAAUUAUAGCCCUUUGCUGAAGAAGGGAGACUCUGAGUACAGUUCCAGUAGCUCUGAGACGCCAUUCUGUGAGCUCUGGGUGAGAGGUUGGAUUGCGAGCUCUAUGGGACAGGGGCACAAAUCUAUAGGGGUAAUUAUAGCCCUUUGCUGAAGAAGGGAGACUCUGAGUAGAGUUCCAGUAGCUCUGAGACGCCAUUCUGUGAGCUCUGGGUGAUGCUAUGAACAGGAUGUGGUUUCUGAAGACAGUAACUGUGGCUUCCUCUAAAACGCUGAUCUAAGAAUCAGAAGAAGAAGGGCGGGUGGGUGCUCAGCUAAAAGCUGUUCUCGACAAGGGCGGUGAUCAUUUCAGUAAGCUGCUUCCUCUACGAGAACCACAUCCUUUCAGGUUGAAUUGCAAGAGAAGGUGAACGGGAUCGAGGUGGUAGCUGGUGCGAUGGAAGUCUGACCAUGGAAGAGCUUGGAGUCGGGUUGCCUCAGCUUGGCAAUGAGAAACCUUGGGAACUGGUGCAGAGAUCAAAGCUGCCCCUAAUGGAUGUUCCACACAAUUGUCGGAUGUAAUGAACUCUCUCAGGCCAUUUUAUAACAGAGAAAGAGUUGGCUCUUGUGAGGAAUUGUCCCAAUGUCGCUUGCAAUGAAGGCCAGGCAGAAGGUGAGGAAGAAAGCCACCAAAGACAAAACCUUUGGAUGUGAUUUACUGGAACAUCUCACCAUUUCUGGAUUAGAAGUCCCCCAGGUACUGAGAAGUUGUGCAGAGUUUGUGGAAGAACAUGGAAUAGUCGAUGGGAUUUACAGGCUGUGCGGAAUUGCCUCCAGUGUCCACAAAUUAAGACAGGAGUUUGCUAUGGAUCGCCAGCCAGACCUGAGUAAGGACACCUACCUACAAGAUGUGCACUGCGUCAGCUCUUUGUGCAAAGCCUAUUUCAGGGAGUUGCCCAACCCGCUGCUGACCUAUCAGCUGUAUGAUAAAUUUGCUGAGGCUGUGGCAAUCCAGCUGGAGGAACAACGGCUUGUAAAGAUUAAGGAGGUGCUGAAGGACCUUCCACACCCACAUUACAGGACUCUGGAGUAUCUAAUGAGGCAUCUGCUGCGCAUGGCUUCCUUCAGCUCUCAAACCAACAUGCAUGCACGCAACUUGGCUAUAGUAUGGGCCCCUAACCUGCUCAGAUCUAAGGAUAUUGAAUCAUCUGGCUUUAAUGGCACAGCGGCAUUCAUGGAGGUCCGAAUCCAAUCCAUUGUAGUGGAGUUCAUUCUAAAUCAUGUGGAGCAGCUGUUUGGGGACAUGCCUCUGGCUGGAAGUGACCAGUGCUCCAUAACAAAUCUCAAUUCACCAUCUUGUGUUCGUGAGGAUUAUUUCCGCUCCCUGACCUAUAACAUACCAAGCGUGCUACACCAGGGAGAUGGGCCCCCGCAGAUGCGCCCUUAUCACACCAUCAUUGAGCUUUCUGAUCACAAGCGGAAGGGUUCCUUGAAAGCAAAGAAAUGGAAAUCCAUUUUCAACCUUGGCCGAUCCAACAAUGAUUCCAAGCGCAAAGCAAACAAGCAGGAUGAGAAAGACUCAGACAAAACAGACAAAGUGAGUCUUCGACCAGCAAAAAGCAUGGACUCCCUUAGUUCUGUGCCUUAUGCAUCGGAAGCAAUUGAUUCUGAGAACAGAAGCCUGGUGAGAAGCAGAUCUCCUAAAAGUGUAAUCCCCUUGCGCAGGGAUAGUUUUGGGACUAAACCAGGUAAUGACUAUACAUUUUCAGGGGAACAGCCCAUCCAACUGGAGACAUGUCAUCAAACAGAAUAUGAAGAAGAAUCUAAGUCUGAACCAACAACACCAAAACCAGGAAGGUCAUCCAUAGUGGUAAGCCCACAGGGAAGAUCCCCUAAAAGUGCUCAGAAUCGAGCAGAGAAAUGUUUAGGAGUCCAUAUCUCAGAGCCAUUUUCUGUUACUCUACCUCGACAUAUCACUUCAAACUUGUCCCGUCUGACCAGAGGUAUGGAGUGUCCAAGUCUCAUAAAUCCUGUGUUGCACAGAAGUUCUGAGAAGAUUUCUUCAGAAGAGGAAAGCCCACCUCAAGCAAAGCUUGUAAAACCCAACGCAGACGCUGAAGAGAACAAUAAAGAGAAAUCAGACAUGCUGAAUGACAUUGGACUUCUAAUAAGUGAUGUGAAAUUGGACACACUGAUGCCUGAUAAAGUAAGAGAAUGUAUGGAAACUGAUGGUAGCCUUGAUAUGAAUGAAGUCAAAUUGUCUGAUAACUCUGACAGAAGCCUUAAUCCGGUGCAAGAGAAAUCAGGUAUCAGGCACCCUGGGCUAAUCACUGAAAGGAACCAAGUGGACCCAAGUAUUGGAUCUCCAAAUGCCAAAGAAAACGGUUGUCCACUUGCUACUACGGACAAGCAGGAUCCAGACACAGAGAAAAAACGAAUUUCUCUUGAAGUUCAAGACUCAUUUUCAUUUUUGGACAACCAAGAUAUGAGCCCAGAGAGCAGUGCAUUGGAUGCUGACGAGGACUUUCUGGGAUAUGAUUCUCGUUGGGUUCCAGGGGAGGAGGAACUUCGAUGUGUGUAUAUGACUGACAUGAUUACAUACUGCAAGCAGACAGAGGAAUUUUCGGUGGAGCCUCCGCCAGACGACCUCUCUACAGAGGACAAUGAAGAUAUGUACUCCAUGCCAGCAGAUUGCUUGGAUAUUUUAGAGAUUUCAGAAGACAUGGACAACAAUUCGGAUGACAUUUUUCUGAGUGCUUAUGAUGAACUCAGCCCUCUUGUCCAUGAAUCAGGCACAAUGUUUGUGGUGGAAAAUUCAAAAGACUCGCUGAGAAAUGAAACUGAAUUGGGUGAAAGUUGUUCCCAGAAUGUAACCACUGAUUCUGAUUGUGAAGUCAUUAAAGCUACACCAUUGGAAUUAGAGCCUCUGCAGCAUACUAUAAACAUUAGCACAGAAGCCUUGCAAGAUAGUAUGGGAGACUCCUCAGUACUCCCUGAGACUAAUGCUGCUUCAGAAAGACACCAGCCCAAACAUCAUUUACAGCAACAUGAAGGUUCUACAGAACAUGUUUUGAAAUCAGAAUCCAUGUUACAUAACAGUUUACCAAAGGCCAACCUACAUCUUUUGAAUCUUGGUCUCAAGACCACUCAUGAUACACAAGUCUCAACACCAGUUCAAGGUUUAGAUAUAAAAAUGUUAAUUCUGGAUAUCCAGCAAGGGCAUAGCAAUGACCAGGAGUGCUCUACUGACUGUGAUGGAACCAGUGCUGAUACUAUUCCACUUACUGACUGUGUAACACCAGCUUCAGAGAAUGUUCCACUAACAGACACACCAAUUUUGGAGAAUGUUCCACUAAAAGAUACAUCAGCUUCAGAGAAUGUUCUGCUAACAGAUACACUAGCUUCAGAGAAUUUUAUACUAACAGAUACAUCCGCUUCGGAGAAUGUUCUAUUAACAGGGUCACCAGCUUCACAGGAUGUUCUAUUAACAGAUUCACCAGUUUCAGAGAAUGUUCUACUAACAGAUUCAACAGCUUCAGAUAAUGUUCUACAGACAGACAUACUAGUUUCAGAGAAUAUUCUACUAACAGAGUCAACAGAUUCAGAUAAUGUUCUAUUAACAAGGUCACCAGCUUCAGAGGAUGUUCUAUUAACAGAUUCACCAGCAUCAGAUAAUGUUCUACUAACAGAGCCACCAGCUUCAGAUAAUGUUCUACUAACAGAGCCACCAGCUUCAGAUAAUGUUCUAUUAACAAGGUCACCAGCUUCAGAGGAUGAUCUAUUAACAGAUUCACCAGCUUCAAAGAAAGUUUUACUAACAGACAGACCAGCUUCAGAGCAUGUUCUACUAACAGAUCCAACCGAUUCAGUCCAACCAGAAGAGGGCAGUGAUCACAAGCAGAACAAAGACUUGCCUACAUGUUCUGCCCAGGACACCAGUGUAUCUAUGCAAGUUACCCAACCACAGAAGACAGAAAAUAAAUUAAUACCUGCAGUUUUCCCUGAUGGAAGUGUCUCAAUGAAACAAAGUACUACUCCUCAUAAAGUCCACCAGGUGAAAGCUGUUCCUGUUGUGCCACCAAAACCACAAUUUGCAAAGCUACCCCCUGCCCUCAAAAGUAAAAUUCAUGUUAGCCCGGCAAGUAAUAUAUCUAAGGACUCGGGAAGCCAGAAGUCAGACAGUAUUGCUACUGUAGAAGAAGGGAAUCUUUGUAGUCAGUCUCCCCAAGGAAAGAAGCGUUCCAGCUGGAGAAGCGGGGGGAGCAUUUCAUUUGACACAGCAGUAGCCCAAGCUAGAGAAAGGAAGAUGUCCCAAUAUCCCAUCAGGAGAAUGCAGACAUACAGUGUUGGGGAAUCCCAGCAUGUUCUGGACACCCCCAAGGAAGAUGUUACUCUGCAUUGUCAAACAUUUGCACAAAAGCCAGGAGGGAGUAGACCUCACAGUUGUGUUAUUGCUCUAAAUUCUUUGGAAGUAUCAAGUAAAGGAAACAAUAUUGAUGAAGAUACAAAAAGAAGCCAAAUGUGGCAGGGCUGUAAGUAUGUAAAGAGCCAGGAAGCCACAAUGGCACCACAUGGGCAGUCACCAGGGAACAGACUGAGUAUGCCACGUCUGGGCAAGCAGACUGAGGAACUUUCUGGCACUUGUGAGAAGCCAAAGCGCAGAUCCCUGUUAUAAUGUUGAUCUGCCCAAUUGUAAUUGUAUUGCUCAUAACUGUACGACAUGAAAGCCAAGCUAAAUAAAUACAGGUGACUGUGGGCACAUAUCUUACCACCCACAUCUCUCAUGCUGCACAUUAAGUGUAACUUUUCCAACUGCCAGCUGAAGCCUUAAUAGUCCAUACUAGCAGAGGGAACUGGCAGUUGUCUGAUAUGAAACAGCAUUAAUAAAUACUCCACUUGGCAAUA